GAAAAUUUUCGAAUGUGCAUGACUACCUAGAUGUAUGUGUAUGACAUGGUGAUGAUGCUGACUGAGGUUAUGUAGUUGCCCGUGAUGUUUUCCUAAUCUAUCUUCGUUAGCAGCACUGUGCACGGAUGUGCGGGCUCCAGCACUACUAAGCAACCUAUCGUACAUUACACCAGAUUAGAACAAACCAAAUCCAAACCAUGUUCUCCCCUAGUGCCGGGUCGCGGUCAAGAAAUGCUGGGUCCAGCAUGGGAUACCAGACGAAGAGACAUCUGGGUCACUUGCAAUCCCACUCGCAGCUUUACUGCGGGCCAAGAGUGCCAGAACCCGUAGAUACGACAAAUCCAAUCACCGUUGGCGGGUACAGUUCGCGUAUUAUUUUGUCGAUAAGAUGCUCAGCAUGACGGCUUGCGCUUGCAAAAUGCAUGAGAAUGAUGUGAGUGCUUCUGCUGCACGCCACAAAAAGAAAAACAACAUAUUUAUAAAGCGCCUCGUUUCUCAGGUAUGAAGAAGUUGGUUCCCUCGGUGACACGAACGAAGUGAACUCCUAUUUCGUCGGUGAUCGUGACCCGCAGAGCCCGCAGCGAAGUCGCAUUUUGAACGCGAACAACUACGACGCCACGAUUACCUCGAAAGACCGGGCGCUGUCACGGGAGAUAAAAGCCACGAAGCAGAGAUUUGGGUUUGUCGCAAACGCGAGCAACACGCACAACACAAAUACCGGGGCAGCAAAGAACAGAACACUGAAAAACCAGACCCUGCUCAGAGCGGCAGAGCCGGGGAUUGGCGGUAAUAAAGAUGGUUUUGUUGGCACAGGCAUCACCAUUCUGCACAACUAGCAUUUGUAUCACAAAGUGUGUGCAACUACUACAUGUGGAGCUUUCUAGUAUUGCAAUUCCCCCUUUACAAAAUAGGUACCAACAUCCCCUCCCCUGAAGCGCCGGUCGUCCACAUUACCGUACCAAGCGGGGAAGUGGCAAAAAUCACCUUAGACGAUCCGACUGUGGGCGGGUUGAAGGAAUUCUUCGCAGCCUACGGCGAUAAGUUUUUCCAAAACAUCAGGAGAAGAGAAACCUUCACCGCACAAGCAAAUUUCCUCGGGCAUACAAGUAAGAGUCGUAGUUGAAGUUGUUUCGAUGUCGUGGUGUGGGUUUCAGGAGCAGGCUCCAGCCGUUCGCUGCAUUCCGAAUAAUCAACAUUGAUGCAAUUGUAAUUGCAAUCCAAAUGCAUGUCAUGUGCAUCAAAGAAUGAGAAGAAAUGAUUUACCUCCUGUAAAAACAGAUCUGACCCUGAAUCAAGUCGCAAUACCGAUGGCCUGCAUCCGGGUUUCACCAACUAGCAAUCCGACAAUUGAGCUCCAUAACGACGGACAGCACCUGAGCGAGUAUACAAGUUAUUUUGUGGCUCAUUCUUGAGUUUUCAAUUUUGUCAAUCUGAGGACAUCGUUUCCCAUGAUGGAACUAGUAGUACUCCAGUAAUUAGUAAACUAACUAAGUUGUUGUACGUCAUUCGUCAAACCUCAAACAGGUGCGACUUCAAGGUCACUGUGACGAGAAAAACGAAGCAAUUUGGUCCCCACGAUGACCUGUUCACGCUGGAUGACCUGGAGGACUGCAGGAUCUACCUUUACCAAAACGUCGGCGAGCCAGAAUUGAACCGGCUUACUCCUUGUGAAAUCUCGCAGGUUCCGAAAGCCAGUGUCCUGCACAAACUGAUAAAGCGGGGCCGGGAAAACGCUUGUUUAGCGGUUUUGGAGGAUACCGUGCGAUUUCGAAGGGAAACUUUGAAUCACUCGCCGAACAUGGAGACUGCCCUUAUGGUAUUACAGUGGUGCGUUUUUUUGGCGGUGUAGCAUGACAGAUCCGCAUUCCGCUCUUGUUGCUGUUUGCCUGCGUGCAUGUUGACUACAGAUAUAUGCUCGUGUAGUUCCUCCACAACACCCUAUACAGGCUGCCUCCCGCGCGAAGAUGGAAUCCGUUGCAAUUGCGGUUCUCGAGCGUGCGGACUUUGGUGGAAUCAAUACCGCGGAGGCGCAUUUCAAGAAGGACCCGAAUUUUCAGCCAAGGACGGACGUGAGUGAGUUGAAGAAGCUGGAGGGCUCCAUCGUUCCGGACGGCGCGUUGACCGCUUUGGACAUCGCGUGCAUCAACAAACUGGACGACGUCGCGAGUUACAUCUGCAGUCGCGAGGACUUUGUCGAAGUAAACAACAUUUCCCCGGGGAAUUACACGAGUCUCAUGCACGCGGUUCAUAACGAGCUGCCGAAGGCCGGUAUCGAAAAUAAGUAGUUUUUUUUCAAAAAUGCAUUGUCUUCCUGCCUGGGACGAGCACGAGGUCCAUCACCAUCUCCAUCUUGACGCAUGACAAAGAUGCUCAAGACUGUAUAGCAUGAUGAAACAAAUUGCCAUAACUCAGCCGUCGCCAUCCUGGCCCGCCCGGAUUUCCGGGUCUUGAAGGUCCGUAACACGCAGAUGAUCGAAUGCACCGCUUACCAGAUGGCGAAGAAAAAGGCGGAUAAGCCGUACAGGAUGCCCAAGGACGAUCCCGAGCUGAAGAAAGAAAUUUUGAACAAGUGCGACACCUUCGCGAACCUGUGCCGGCGCAUGGAAAAGCAUCCCUCGUUCGUGAUGGACAUGGCGAAUAAGUUUACGAGGUCGUGAGGGGGGUCGAUCAUGCAGCGAUCCUCAUCCUGUUGAACAGCAUUUCGUAUUCAUUGUCGAAGAAAAAAUUAUGUCCCUGUACUAGAACAAGAAAUUCCCAACUUUCAUCAUUUGUAUAGCAACUUUGAAUUUGUUUUUUCUUUUUUGUCACAAUACUGUCACAACCCUGUUAGUUUUGCAAACUAACUCGAGGAAAAUUAUGGUCGUUGUGAGGUUUAUGAUUACGAAUCAUGAAAGAACUUGAUUAAAACUUUUGAACAUUAGUAUCACACCAGGGCGUGCCACCUCGGACACACCUCAACUCUUGUUACGUUCUUGUCUAUAUACUUAACCGGAUUGGAAAAUUUUCAAUAGCUAUAGCAUGUUGAGUAGCAGCUGAAUGGAGGUUUUUUAGGUUUCUUGAUUACAACAGCAUCCUAUUUGCCAGGAUGAUUGUCAAAAUUGUAUCUUUUUUGUCACGAUAGAAGCUCUCGUCAACAACAAGGCCAUGUCAUACACAGGAUUGCAGCUUCGCCCUAGUACAUGUACAAUAGUUGGAGAACCAAAACGACACCACGGAGCUUUUUGAUAGUUUCUUUGAAGCAGGUUGGCAUUGGAGAAGCAAAUGUAAGAUUGAUAGACAUACAGUCUGUAGAUCAUCAAAGCACUGGCUGC